GCGUCACGUGUUCGGGCGGGGGUCACGGCCGUUCCCGGGGAGCGGCUCCGUCCUGUCCGUCCCAGGCGCUCCGCGCGCUCCUACCGCGGCGCCCGGCGGCUCCUGCCCAGCCGGCGGCAAUGAGGGCGCUUGCCCCGCGCUGGGCGGCUCUGGCCGUGCGGGCGGCGGGCGGGCGGUGGGCGCCGCCCGUCCCCCCGCGCCGCGGGCGUAGCGGCCCCGGCCCGCCCGCGCCGCGGGAGUGGGCGCUGCCUGUGAGCCCGCGGGGGCGGCUGCGGGUGCGGCUGCCGUGCCAGGUGAGCGUCCGCCCGCUGGACCCGCAGCGCUGGCCGGGCGGGGACCGUGUGCUGGUGGCCGUGAGCGGCGGGAGCCCCGCGCCCCGCGGGCGGGAGCGGGAGCCCGUGCGGGUGGAGCACGACGAGGCGCUGGGGCAGGUGGCGAUCGUGGCGGACGGCGUGGACAGCAAGGCCGCCGUGGAGGUGCGGACGCCGGUGAAGUUCGAUUUGGAUAUCAAAACAUCAGGGACUGGCUGCGUGAAGAUUCAGAAAAUAGAAUGUGAUAACUGCAAAAUAGAAACGGAGAAGGGGACUAGUGUCUUGCAGUCAAUAAAGAGCCAUAAAAUUGAUAUACGGACAAAUGGUGGCAAAGUCAUUGGUCUUGGAACGCUUUAUGGAAAUACAGAUAUUUGUGCAACAGAGAAGGGGAGUGUGAAUAUAGAGAAGCUGCAAGGGACAACCAUCAACAUAUCUACUGAAGAUGGGCUGCUGAAAACUAAGUAUCUCUAUGCAGAAUCGGCAUCUCUCUCUUCAGUAGCUGGUGAUAUUAUGCUGGGAAGUAUUCAUGGUAACACCACCCUUCAGACCAAAACAGGGAGUAUCACAGUAGAUUCUUCAGAUGGAAGUCUAAAAGCUUCUACAUAUCACGGGACAAUAGAUGUUUAUGUCAGUCAAUUAAGAAAAGUGGAUCUGAAAUCCCAGAAAGGUUCAAUUACAGUCAAGGUACCUGCCUCUCUCAAAGCCUAUUUAGAGUUAUCUGGAAGAAAAGUGGAUGUGAACUCAGAGAUCCAGUUAAAAGAAACACAGAGAGCCUCCAAAGAUGAUCACGUAACUAUAAGUGGUCACAUGAAUCAAAAGGAUGAAACAGACAAAUGGAUUAAGGCUGACACACAAAAUGGCAAAGUAUAUCUUAAAAGCCAAAGUUGGAUCCAGUCUGUCAAGCUGAAGAGUUCUUAAUGGUGAAAUAGGCCAAAGGGAUUAAAUCAAGAAAUUGUAAAGGAACAUUUGUGUAAAAUUAUGGAACUUUGUUGAUGUAUAUUCUUCAUAUAAGAGAGAAAGGAUAUUAAAAAUUGAGGGUGUUUUAAUCCAAGAUUUGCCUGUGACAGUGCUGGUGCUAAACAGGUCUGAUGUACUUUUAGUGCCUUUUAGGAAUAAGAUGGUCUUACAUAUUCAGAAUUUAUAUACCUUGACCCGCUUACCAUGUCAGUUUAAAAGCUGGUAGGUUUCAAACAAAAGUUUGGAAUUGUCAUUUAAAAAUAAAAAGCAUUUUCGACACUUCUUAUCUCCAGAUACGAGAAUUUACUUCCAAGUUGACGUACUUUGCAGGCUCUGUUACACUUUUAAAUUAAAUGUCUCAAUACUGUGGAAAUUCUGUUGGUUUAUGCAAAAUGCAACGAAUUUUCUUUAACCAAAUUGUCUCUAUUGUGAAUAGGAUAAAAUCACUUUCAGAACUGUAGUUCUUCUGUGGUCUUCUCGUUUGGUGUUUGGACCGUAAGUAGUUUCUGCCUUGUCAGUGGAUACUCUGUGUAAAACUAUUGCUGUGAAAUGGCAAAACUUGCUCCAUGUCUUCUUGAACUGCUUGUUUCUGGAUAGGAAUAAGAGCUCUAGCUAUGUCUGCUGCUGAUCAUCUGCAAAGAAAAGCUUUUAAAGUAAAUAGAAGUGUAAUGGGUCUGUCUGAUUUCAAGGAGGAACACUCCACCAACUGGAGUUCAGGUGAGAGUCCACAUGAACAUUCCCCUGAAGUAAAAGCUGCCAUAGAAUGGAAGUAUUGGCUUGGUAACUGAGAACUGUAAUCUGUUUCCAGUGACUUCCAUCCCUAUCCUGCAAGGCUGCCAGUCAGCUCUUUGAGGCAGGAAGGGAGAGGAGGGAGGUGAGAGAAGGAGGUAGGCCCUGCACAAGGGCAGACAUGAUUUUUGUGAAGGAUUUUGUGUUACUGUAACAGAAACACACAGUAAAGUAAAUGGAGUUUUUAAAAGCCUUUCCAUACAUCUGUAUGACACCUUAUAAAAGAAGUACUGAAAUUUGUGUUUUAAAACUGAAAUGUAAGAAUCUCUGCCAGAUGAGUGGAUGGAGAGUAGCAGAGGAGAGUUCAGACUGUCAGCUCUGGUUUUAGGUUGUGUGCAUGUGUGUGUGCUUUAGAUCAUAAUGGUACAUUAUGAGAUGAACUUCUUUGCCACAUGAUUCUCCAGAAGGUAUAAUUGUCCCUGGUUGAUGGACUUCAGUAGUCAAGAGCAGCAUUUUUACUGUAAUUUAGGGUGGUUAAAAACUCCACGUUCUUUUUGCUGUUGUGUGUACUGUUGAGAUGAAGUGGGCACUGAUGUUUAUGAUAAGUUAUAUGUGUUUUUAAUAUAAAUGCUAAUAUAUAAAACACUUCUAAUAGUAUUACUAAAUGCAUUACAAUAUUACUAGUUAUUAUUAUACUUUUAAAAGGUACAAUAUUAAUAAAUCUCUAAUGGGUUUGGAUAUUCCGAAAAAUUUUUGAAACUAAUGAUUUCUAUGCUGGAGUCAAAGUGAAAGAAGCACCUCAAAAUUCACACCACAUGGAAACAUAAAACCAGUCUAAUAGAUAUUUCAGAAGACCAAGUCCAUUUAAUGUUCCCAUUAUUCAUACAGAGUACAAAGCCUGUCACCCUCUGAGAUUAAGGUUGUGCUUUUUGGGACUGCUGCAUCAGCAAUAUAAGAAAGAACAUAGUAAGAAAACAUGUUAUUUGUUCUACUUUCAAAAGAAAGCAAGCUAAGGCAUUCAUAUUCCAAAACUAGCAGGACUUAAACAUCAGGAUUGUUAGUUACUUGCUUAAAGAAGUUUAAAUAAGCCAGCAGAAAAAUUGUGCUACCACUAAAGCUAAUUAUUAUAUUCUUUCAAAGGUAGUAAAUGUUGAGACAAGCUAGAACCUUAAUAUAAAGGUCAAGAAUGAGCUGAAGAAGGACAAAUCCUUGGGAGUUUCCCAAAAAACAUUAAGUAAUGUCUUGUUCUGCUGUAAUGAGGUGAAACUAUAUUUUUCUGUAGACAAGUGAAGAUUAGUAGGUUAUCAGUAAUUAGAAUUUGAAUGGCAAAUCCCAUGUGUGCUUUUUUUUUUUUGUUCAUCCAUUUGAUGAGAAGACAUGUUCUUGUAGCAGGAGAAAAUUUAUUCUUUAACAUUUUUCUUAUCUGUGCUCUUUUUAAUUUGAUUCUCCUGAUCUGUCAGCUGCCAGCCAGCUCACAGUUCAGAUCUGCAGCUUACUUAGAGACAAGCUCGGCCCAAGAGGGUUUUAUGAGAAUUAGGGCUCUGGGUGCACAGGUGGCUGUUGAGAAGUGGAGAACUGUGCUUAAAUGUACAUGUAUCGUUGCAUAUUAAAGAAUCAGCAGUCACUACCUACUCACUGUUCUCAGUUACUCAAGAAUGCUGUACUUGAUGAGUACCAGCCAUGUCAAGUGUGAAGUUCUGUGGGGAGUCAGAGUGUUAAUGGCCUGGAGAGGACUUUCAUGGCACACAAGAACCCCAAACACAUGCAGAUUUAUUUAUUGCUUACCCUGCAUGGGACUACAAAAACUUUCAUUAUCGAAAGAUGAAGACAGCUUGAAUCAACAUCUGAGGGUUAGAAGUGCUGUCUGAGUGCAGCUGUCUUGCUUGGAGGCAUUUGCACUCCCGUGAGAAAGAUUUGCAACGCUUCCUUACUAAUGCAACAAAUGGCCUUUUAUUAAAGUGUGAUUAGUUUUAAGAAAAAAUAAUACCGUGUUCUUUUCAUGCUCUAGAGAAAAACCCUUGAACUGUAGGAGAUUUUGUGCAAUUUCUUCAUUUUUCAUUUGAAGAAUUUGUUUAUUCAGGCUCUGAUCUGUGUUUUUUGGUGAAGGUAGUUAUAUUACCAUCCCAGUCAUAUCCAAAUUAGCAUCAUUAUAUUCAUGUUUCUCUCAAGACAGCUUGUCUGCAACAAGGGUUUUAAAAUAAUAAUGACAAACAUUUUCAGAGGCUGUUUCUACAAAGAACCCUAAAAGCAGUUUAAUGAGAAAAAUUCCUUUUUUUUAGCUGAAGCUAUGAUUAUUAUAAGAGCUAUGUGGAAACUUAAACAGAAGAUAAUUUUUUAGGCCAUAGAGAAAUUAGGUUGGAAGAGGUCUCUGGAGAUCAUUUAAGCCUGGUCUUGAUUUAAAUGGAUCCAACUAGACAAGGUGGGUUAUGGCUUUGCCAGAUGAGUUCUGAGUAUCUGUAGGGUUGAAGGUUGCACAGCCUCUGAGAUCCUAUUGAAGGGUUUGACCAGCCUCAUGAUUAAAAAAUUAGUUUUGUUGUAAUCAGAAUUUUACGUAUGCCACUUGUCCUAUCAGUGCACCUUUGAGAAUGGUCUGGCUAUGUCUUGUCUUCUGUAUCCUCUGAUCAGAAUCAGAGACAGCAAAUAAGGUCUCCUCCAUCUUGAGCCUUCUCUUGUGACUUAGCAAAGCAAUUUUCUGAAGACUCUUCAAAAGUCAUGCAUUCCAACCCUUUAAUGGUCCUGGUGGGCUUCAUCCACACUUGCUCUAGUGUGCCAGUGUCUGCCUAAACACAGAUCUGAGUAGGCAAGGCCACUGGAAUGACAGCAUUGUGUUUGGACGAAAACAACACCAAACAAGAUAAAGAAACCAGCUGCAUCAGAAGGUAUCACAGCAUCUCCAGAGUGAUUUUUCUUAGCUCUAUAGAAAGGCUAAAGUAAGUGUGCAGGUCUUUCUCUCUGUUUUUCUAUUUGAACAGUGUCUUUAACACCUCCAAGUAUUUUUACCCUUUCCUCCUUCACCUUCUGCUUUCUUUUUGGGCACCCUCUCCAUUGUAGUUAUCUUCUGUCACCCACCUCUUGUAAAGUGUAUUGUUUCAGAAAUGGAAUUGAGUACACAGAGGGCAGUGCUAUAGAGCCUUACAGUUACCUGCACUGGUCCUAGACCAUCCCAAGGCUGUGUUUUGCAGCCUCUCUGAUAGCUGAACCAGAAAAGAGUUAUCUGCGAUGUCCAAAACUACCCAUGACCCUUCAGAUCUCCCUCAACAUUUUGUGGCCACUGCCUCUUAACGGCAUUAGAACACAAAAGCAACAAACUACAUCAAAAUAGGAGAAAAUCAGGCCUCCUAUCUGAGACACCCUAAAAAGGAUUUGAAGGGCAGCUCUCUCCUCUCCCUCCUUUCCCAGCAGUAUCAGUCUAGCAACUUUCAUUACCUUCUCAAGCUGAAGAAACUCAACCUGCCACUUUCAGUCUUUUGAACAUCUCUCUGUUUCCAUCCCUUCUGUGACCUGGCAGUCAGCCCACUCCUGGCUCCACACCCACCUCCCCCACUGCUGCUCCUGUGCUCCAGAAACCUCCCCUGGGCUGUGUGCUCUUGUGCUCCUUGAGGAAGAGCCAACUCUUUACAUCUCCUCUUCAGGAGAUUCAACCAGAUCUGGUGUGUCACAGCCACAGCAAGGCAGUCUUCCUUCCUGCUGACCAAUUCCUAAGCUCUGUAAUGAUAUAGUAUACAGCUUCUAGACUAUACUAGAAAAAAUUCCAAAUUAAAGUGCUGUGUUAUCUGCCAGUAGUGCUACUGCAGUGUUUUUUCUUUCUUUUUUUUUUCCUAAAGUGGAAAUGCUGAGUUGGUUACAAAAGAGGCAGACAUGCCCAGCUGUAAUACUGGCACCACCACAGCAGGAAAUAGGAAGUGGGCAGGAGUGGAAAAGGGACAAAAUUAGUGAAGCAAGGAGAACUCCUUUUCAGCCACUGCAGGAUACUUUUUUUUAAAUCUCCAACACUGACACACUGUAUAAACCACAUGAACAUAAGGCUGCAUCUGUUUUUAUAUUAGGGAGGCCUGUGCCAUGGAGGAAUGUGUGCACAACUUAUAUGAGCUAUAAGCUCUGAGCUAUAAAACAAAAAUCAACUCAUCUAAGUCCAAAUUCCUGUUUUUCAUGGAAACUGCAAUGUAUGGUGGCUGUCUGAAGCAUGUAUAAGGGGAGCUGUUACUAUUUUUUUGGAAAUUUAUGGUGUCUGAUGCCUGGACCUGCAGUUGAAUGGUUUGCCAGAAACAGCCAUUCAUUAAUCGUCAACACAUGGCAAAAAAGAUUGUUUAUUUAAGAUAUACUGUACUAUGAUAGAGCCUGCUUAUUUAUUUAUAUAGUGCCUUAAAUGAACACAUUGAUGACUAAAAGCAUUUCAGGAAAUAAUUGCAAUUAUCUUUGGCAAAACAACUAUCUCCUGGUAUAAGUGAGACAAAAGUACUGGCCCAAUCACACAGCUUGAGCCGCACUGGAAUACGUAAUUGCAUCCUUUUCCAAAGUUUCAAUCAUUUUUACCGAGAAGGGGUAGGAAAUACAGUUCUGCAUCAUGGUCUGAAUCCUGUCCUUUCCAAAAUUCAGCAAUGUUUGACUGGGUCCAUCAUAAUAAAAAGCAGAGGUUUUGAAAAAGACUUUUUGAGAUGAGGUUACAGAAACCAAUCAAGAGUAAAAAGUAAUGGAAAAUAAAAACUUAAAAAUGGGAGAACUGUUUAUAGUGCAAGUGCAGGAGAAAUCAAGCCAAAGAGGCAAGUGGAGGCAGGCAGCUAAUGGGAAAAGCAGGAAGCAUCCUGCAUGCAUGCUCCAGGUUACCAAAGGUGCUAAGACUACAUUGAAUCCAAAGUAUUCUGAGGCCUAUGUCAGCUGCAGUAGUUUUAUCAUUUUAUGGCAUCCAGUUCAUGUGCACAUGAUGGCUGAAACAUGGCACUCCAGGAGCCUCUGUGCCACUUCAAGGAGCAAUUGAGAGUCUGUGAGAAGACAGUACUUUAUUUUUGUUGCUUUUUAGAAGAAAACUUAGGAGUAAUUAUUGUUAGUCAUGUGUAGGUUGUCUUCAUUUCCAGUUACAUAUGUGUUGGACUUCCAGAUCCUUCCUGCCUUGAGACCUGCAUAUUUGGAUAAUACCUAAGAAAUUCUGCUUUUUCAGGAAAAAAGAGUUCUUGCAAUCUCCUUUCCAGCCAACAGCAACCAUCAGAAAACACAAAAAUAACAAAACCAAACAAAAAUCAGAAUGUUCUUCAAAUGCCAAAUGUAUUGUAGCUAUUAAGAUCCAAUGUAAUUUUUCUUCAAAAGGCAAAAAUUUUAAUAGCAUUUGUUGAUGAGUCACUUGUUAACAGUGUAGUCAUAAUUUUAGGAGAAAUGUAACUAGUUUUAUAUCAGUGCAUACAAGAAAGAAGGAAACAUUUAAUUUUGCUCUUAAAGAAGAUCUUUCGAUGGAACAAAACUGUUACAGAUGAGAUGCAGUUUGGGGAGAGCAGAAGAGUGGCUGGUUUCUGUUGUCAAUGACAUCUUUCCUUUCUCAUUUUGCAUCUAGAAAUGGUAACACAGAAUGUUUUAUAGUGAAGUGUUUCUCUGAAGAUGCCACUGUGUUAUUUCCUGUAGGAUUAGUCCAAAGCAAAUCACAACUGACACAACUUUUUCCUACAGAGGCUAUGCUUUAAAAAGUGGUUAGUUAGCUUUCUUUUUCUCCAGUAGAAGAAAUAAACUGUACCAGUACUAUAUUCUCCCACAGAUAGAUUAUCCAUGAUUCUUUCUGGCAUUUAGAAACAGGUUUAAUUGACAGGUCAUUAGCCUCUGGACACAGAGACCUUUUUUUUCUUCUAACAUUUAUUAAACCUGGAACCAGGGCAGUAUGUCGGCAAAUAUGACCUCGAAUGCUGCCUGAUACUGGAAAGAAUGGACAAUUUAUACACUAGUAACUGUUUCCUAUGAAGCUACAUUGGACUGAAACUUGAAGAACUUUGUGGCUCCACAUGUUUUCUAUUUUAAUCCAUCAAAACAGUAAAAAUCAAAAAAACUUUGAAAAAUAAUGUGACACGAUACAAGAGAUGUACUCAAUAUUUGAAAGGUUUAGUCUAUUAAGAGAUGUCUGCUAGGACUGGUUAGUGUUUAACAAUAAAUAAUGGGGAAUUCCUUUGGCACAGUGAAGUAUACAGGAUCCAUAGAGAUUUUAGGGCAACUUUAAACUAAAAACAUAUUUCUUCCAUUGCUUAUUUAGAACCUAAGCCACUAGCAUGUUUAGUUCUCCAGCUGAAUCUGAUUUUUACAUAGAUGAUCUCUUUAAACAGGGAAUGAAAUGUCUCUGCAGUGUAGGUUUCACACAUGCAGAACAUCUGAAACCAGCCUUUACAUCCUGUGAAAAUCUAGGAACCUGAAUGAGGUUUUAGAGUUAGUUUGAAAACAGAGAAUGAGGCCCCAUUGUUUAUUUUCCUGACAACCUGUUGCUUAUUAUUCCUUACAAAAAACAUAUAGGUUGUGACUGAAACACGUAGUUUUAUAGAAAUAUGUUGUGACGGUGACAAUACUGUCAUUGCUUUUGAUGUCAUUGAAGAGACACUGCAAGAUAACUAAUUAUAGAAUCAUGCUGUGCUUUUGAUGUAGUUAUUGGCAAAAGAUAGAUUUUUUAUCAUUUUUGCCAUAUUGACCUUAAACUGUAAUGAAAAAAUGCUAAAGUGGGAAACAUGCAGGAUGUGGAAUAUAUGUGAAUCUAGCUGUGAACUCCCUUUUAUCUUCUGAAUAUCAUUGGCCUGUGGCCUGGCAGGGUCUAGGGAGGGUCUUUGGACCUGUUGGAAAGAACAAGCAAAAAAUAUCCAGUGCUGAAUUAAUCUGCAUGAUUGAUCCGUCUGAUAGUUUUUGUCCCAGACUCAGGAGUUUCCUAUCAUAGAACAUAUGGUGCAAAGGAUUAGAGGCUGAGGCUGGCAAAGAAAAGGACCAUCCGCUGUCCAGAAAAUCAGGCUCAAAAAAGUAAAAUUGGCAAAGUUUGCCUGGUUCUAAAAAUCACAAAAAGGGCAAAGAUAACACUGGGCGGAGAUGUGUGUCUCAUGGUUGCUUUUUUGUUUUGCAAAGAUCUAUAACUCUCCAGGGUUUUCUUUACAGUAAAAAUAACUGGUUGAGAAAUUCCUUGGCUGAGUCAGAAGAGUUUAAUCAAGACGCUUGGAGAACCCAUAGCAUAUGGGACUCUGAGGCAGAGGCAUAAUCCUCGGUCAUCCAGGCUGCAACAAUGCACAUAAGUCAUGUCAGGUCUUUGAUCGUGGCUCACCCAACACAAGUUGGAAUUCACACAAAUUUCUGUUCCUAUUACACCUCACCUGGACGGGAAGAUGGAUAAGCAACCAAGGCCUUAGAGGGCUGAAGCAGUGCAGUGUUGCUGCUCUAAAGAGUGAUGUGAAGUCACAGAAUAAACAAGUCAACAACAGUAAUCUGAUGAUAAAAGAAAAUCUCUCGAGGCUUAGUAUGAGAAAAACUGUAAAUCAUAAAGCUAUGAAGAGAUUAAAUGAAUCUGAAUUAAUUUAGGUUGUUUUUUUCAAUUACUACUCUCGCAUACCAAUCUUUCAAAGCACUUUCUGUAUCUAACAAGCAUUUAAUUAGAAGUAGAGGUUUUAAGAAGGAAGUUCUGAGAUGACAUUGAGAAAACUAAGUCGGAGAGAAGUGAAUAUAAGAGCAAUGACAGCAGAAUUCUUUGUGGUUAGACAUGGAAAUAACAGAGGGGUGUUUGGAAAGUGUGAAGCUCACUGGAAAUAUCUUUGAACUUAUUAAGCAUUUACAUUGGUCUUGUGGUCUCUAAAGUGACUAGUAAUCCCUGGAAUGGUUUAGCAGGGAGUGCACUCCCGACCAUGGUCCUGUUAGAGUGGGGUUAGAGCUCUCCUAGUAUAGACUCUCCAUAUAAGAUGGUAUUAUAUAUUUCUUAGUCUCAUAAAUUUUUAUUAAGUUGUAUACUCAGAUAUAUCAACCAUGUCUAAACUUUAAUUCCUGUCCAGUUUCAGGUCCUGUGGCAUGUCUGGCCACUGUGCCUGGGCUGUGAUGCUCUUAACCCCCAUGGAAGGGUGGUGUUCAUUGAAGCCACAACUUUUGAGACUCACAGGUGAAAAAUCAACUGCAAACUCAGCUCUCCCAAUUUUCAAGAAGGGUAAGAAGGGAGACCCCAGCAAUUACAGGCCCUCCAGUCUCACUUCAGUGCCUGGUAAAAUUAUCCAGAAGGUUAUUCUGGAAGUUACUGAAGAACAUUUGAGAGACAAUGCAGUCAUUGGGCAUAGCCAGCAUGGGUUCAUGAGGGGAAGGUCCUGCUAAACCAACUUAAUUUCCUUUUAUGACAAAGUCAUCCAUCUGGUUGACCAAGGGAAGCCAGUAGAUGUGGUGGGUUUGGAUUUGGCAGCCAGUCACCAGUGGGGUUCCCCAGUGCUCAAUUUCAGGGCCAGUACUUUUCUAAUGUUUUGAUAAAUUAUCUGGAGGCAUACAAACUGGGAGAUGAAAGGCUGGAGAGCAGCCCUUCAGAGAGGGAUCUGGGAGUUUGGGUUGAUGGCAAGUUGAAUAUGAGCCAGCAGUGCCCUGGCAGCCAGGAGGGCCAACCAUGUCCGAGGGGGCAUCAGGUGCAGCAUCGCCAGCCGGGUGAGGGAGGGGAUUGUCCCGCUCUGCUCGGCACUGGGGCAGCCUCACCUUGAGUAUUGUGGACACCACAACAUAAAGAGAAUAGAGAGCUAUUAGAGAGCAUCCAGAGGAAGGUGGCCAAGAUGGUGAAAUGUCUUGAGGACAAGACUUACAAGGAACAGUUGAGGUCACUUGGAGAAGGGAAGGCUGAGGGGCGACCUCAUGGCAAUUCAUGUACAACUUCUUCAAGGGUGGGUAGUGGAGGGGGCGGAGGGGGAGGUGCUGACCUCCUCCUCUGCUGACCAGUGAUAAAGCACAAGCUGUGUCAGGGGAAAUUCAGACUGGACUUCAGGAAAAGGUUCUUCCCUAAGAGGUCAGUCACUGCAACAGGCUCCCUGGGACAGUGGCCACGGCACCAUACCUUUACUCAUUCUCUGUAACUAUCCUGUGUUUCGAGCACAGGCCUACACCUACUUCUGCCAUAUACUGACAUUCAGUCACUGGGAAACAGGCUCCCACAAACUCUUGGAGUGAGCUGAAGUACAUAAUGCGAUGGCUGAGAGCAUUAGGCCGCAUCUGGUUUUCUCCUUCAUAUUCCCGUGUGCCCUUGAGGUGAUAUCCUGUGUCUGCAGAAACUUCCCUAAAUGGACAUUGUCUGCCAUAAAGAUAGAUGGGGGUCUGUAUUUCUCUUCACUUCUGGCUGACACUGGAAUAUGUACAUAACCCACCAGACCACAGGAAUCCUAAGGCACCAGUGUGGACACCCCCUAGUUAAAGAAGCAAGUUUUGGGGUUCACAGCCACCUCUGAAUUAAGAUUAGGAAAAUCCUCAUCCUCUGGGUAAUAUUUCUACAGUACAACCUUCCCAAAGACAUUUCAGUGUUUUGUCAGUAAGAUGAAUGCAACUGGAGACAUCCAAGAAGUGAAGACAAUGACAGGCUGCAGCCAAGUACUGGUUACGUGUAUCAGUUAUCUGUAAAUGAAGCAACAAGACACGCAGAAGUUAGAAGAUUAUUGAACAGCUGAAAGAAAAAACACUGAGCACAGCAUUAGUGUCUGAUUUGUGGGAAAACUAUAUUUUAAAAUGGAAGUAAAGUUUCUGGCACAGCAAAAUUCUUGAGUCUCUCCAAGAGGCUCCACAGAAACUGUCACUUUCUAAUAUUAGAUAUUAGUUAGUUAACUGUGAUUUUAGUCUAGUCUAAAAUAUUGUGGGAUUUUUUCACCUACUGAGGAUGGUUUAACUUUCCCAACCAUAUAUGUCCAUGUAGGACAUAGAAGCCCUUAGCAUUACCUGAUAUUGCAUUGCUCUCACUGAACUAUUAGGAUGCAUUUGUAUCAAGGUUUUUAUCUCAGUUCUCUGUUACAAUUUGGUGUCUCACACCAAGACCUUUUGAAUGUCUAGUGGGGUUUUUUAGCUCUGAAGCACAGCUGCUUAGUUUCACCUCACAACUCUAUUUUUCAGGAACUUGCCAUUGAUGCUGGAAGUUGCAUUUGAGAAAAACAUGGCACAUAGAGUCUUCAGGGUACAUAAACAGCCAUGCAAGCUAGUAAUUGCUCCACUGACCUCAACAGGAACAGUCAAGAAUACAUUAUGCAAUACUUUAAUUACCUUGUUCAUUCAGGACCAGAAAUCAAGAGGGAACAUAGUAAAAACCUUUUAAAGAUAUUUGAUUAAAAUCACUGGAGCAGGAUGAUGGAAAGAGAUGAGGGUUUCACUUGUAUUAAAGAGCCAAUCUCAUGAGAAUCUAAAAGGGACAAGGAGGCAAGAUGAAACCGGGACCUUGGAACAAACGAACGCUACCUCAUGACAGUCCUCCUGGUAUAUAGAGGAAUGUAUAUGUGCUUUGCUUAUUCCAGAUUUAUUUAUAUGCUCAAUAUUAGGAUUUGUAAUAGAUUAAUAAAUAGAUUAAAAUAUCAUUAAGUAGUUUAAUAUUCCUAUUGAAAUAAAAAGAAGUUGUUGGCUCUGUAGUCAGUAAUUGGUAUCAGAUGCAUUUAGAGAAAUCUACAUUCGUCAUACACUCAAUCUAUUCCCUUUAGAGGACUGAAUUACAGAAUUCAUUGUUCAUUGAACUGUGUCUUCAGAACUUUGCUAUUUAAAUAGCCAAUUCAUUUAACCAGAGAUUUAUUUUCAGUUCUUGCUGUAUAUUUUCAUGUGUAGGAUAUGUUUCCCACAGCAACUUCAUUUUUUCCCUAUGAAAUAAGAAUUACCCUUGAAUCAGGUUCAUUCCCUGAAUAAGACUCAGAACAACACUGCUGAAUAUUUUAUAGAAUCAGCAUUUGCAAAAUGACUUGUACCUGCCCAAGGUGUACAGAAGCAUGACAGGAAGGCUUAGUGUCCAUUCACUGAAGUCACUGGAAUUCACUGAAAUACAAUUUGUCCCAAAAGAUAUGAUUAAAGUGAUAAGGUCUUCUAAUUUUAGCGUAACCUGAAUAACACAUCCAAAAUAUUCUUAGCGCACAUGUAUUUCUAUACUAUUUUUUUCCCAUGUUCUCUUUCUAUGAUUUUUUUAAAAAUUCAUUUUCUUGAAUAUAAUAUAUUCUGAUGUUGCAGGACACAUUAACAUAUACCCUUUGGAACAGGUUCAUUCUGAUUUUAAUCUCCUGACCUUUUUAAACAGUCUCUGAGUGGAAAAUAUUUCCCUACUUAGCAGCUGGAUACCCUCAAUUUACACUACAGAUUGCCAAAGGAUUUGUAAGACCCAUUAGCUUUAACAUCCACAAGUGUACCCAUCUCAUUUUAUGGAGCUGCAAGCUGGAUUCAAGUCAAAAAAGGACUUGUAAACCUAUGUGUAGGUUUAUUUGGAAGAAUCUUGAUGUUCUUUUCUGAAAAUAGGGUAUUAGCAUUUAACAGAUUGGCUUUAUAACUGUUUAAAGAAAAGAUACCAUCUAGGAACAAAGUGUUGGAAGGGGAUUACAGGGUCACUGAGUUGACUCAUUGUUCCCAUUUGCAGGAACUACAAAAUAUGACCCAGUUCACUCCCUUACCAGGAGCCAUACUGACAUGCCUUAAGAGUUUGCCCCUGCAUCCUUUCCUGGGAUGCUGUUUCACAAUUCACUGCUGUGAUAAUCAGAAAAUCUGCCAAUUGCCAGCCUAAAUGUGUUUACUGACUUUUUAUGGUGUAUAGUUUUUUGGGUUUCCUUUCUUGGUAUAUAACAUAUAGCGGGAAGCACAGCAGAGAAGACUGAUUGCAACAUUACCUGACUUCAACUACUCUGGGAAGAUCUCCAUGCACAACUUCCAUUACCACUGUCAUUGUGGAAAAACAGCUCAAUAUCUAUCUAAAAGCAAAGGAUACAGGAGAUGGAGCCCCAUGUAUAUAGUAAUUAAUGGUGUACAAUAGGUAUCUCAAAGAAUAAACCGAGGGCUAUUGUAAGAUACAGUGGCCUGUCAGAUCUGAAACACAGCCAGUGGGUUUUGGCCUAGAGGCUGAGAAACUUAUGCACAUUUGGGAGGCAUACAACUUGAUCAAAGAAUAUCUAUAAUUUAGGACUGGCUAAUUAGUCAGCCAAGUAGUCUCAAACUAGUUGCCCAGGAGGCUGCGUUCAACCACUGCAGGGAAUGAGAGGAUGUGAGGGCUGUGUGGAGCACUGAAAGGAUAGCCAGGGGUUGUGGAGAUGGGUGUUGGAGAGGAGGAAGGCAGAGACAAGCGAUGGCUGCAGACUUAUUGGGGAAGGAAACAGGACAUGGGCGCUUCAGUGGGAAAAAAAAGGGAGAAACUGGUCCAGUGAGUGGCGAGAUUUUAAAGGAUAGUUCAAGCUGAACAUUUCCAAAAGUAGUAAUAAACUUGUCUAUUCCCACUUGAUGGUGAUGGAAGUGACAUGACAACUUCUUGCACGAAAUUAAAAAAACUUAAAUCUGCAUUUUUAAAAUUGCAUUUGCAUGCUUAUUGUCAGAAUGCAGCAAAUAUUUUGUUUUGCUGUUAAAGAAAAUAAUUAAACCCACUGAAACAAUUAAUGACACGAAAGCCAGAACUUUUAAGUCAAAGUAUAGGGAAGACAUAUAGACCUUCAUAAUAGCAAUAAUUUCAAAAGGGAACACACAUUCUGAUACAGGAAAAAGAUAACCGAGAUGCAAGACUUGAAUCAAAAAGAAAUUAUACAGAAAAUACAGGAGGCAAAAAUGCUGAAGUUGUAAGCUCACAGUAAAGAGGAACUAAGUUUCACUAUAGAUGAAUCUUAAUCUAAAUAAAUUAAUUGCUGUAAAUAAUUGUAAUUUUUUUCAGAUACCUAGACAUCCUGAAUGAAAAUGAGCAGCUUUCCUGAACAGAUGCUAGUUAAUUGAAUAUGGCUGGAACUACACAUGGUUUUAUUGGUAAUAAAUACCUACUAAAGAGUGCACUUCAUUAGACUCCCCAGCACACUCGUGACAGUGGGAACCACUAGAAAAACUGUCACAUUAACUUGGAUAUUAAGGGAAUAUUCAUAUAGCCCUGGUAUAACUAUUAUUCUAAGUCUCCUUUUAGUAGUCAACAAAGACGGGCUUUCUCAAAGAACUGAGGAAAGGUUCCCUGACUGAUGCUUUGUAGAAACACUUCUCUCCACUGACUAUAAAAAAACAGGCUCCCUUCCAUAGGUAGAAGUUAUCCAAAUAACUCAUAAAUUUUAUUUUCCAAAGGAUUUAGUUUCUUAGGCUUAGAAUCUUCAAAAUCAUUAAGCAUAAAGUUACAUCUCUGAGUGCAUCAGGUUUUAGGCACCUCUGCUAUUUCAAAGUAGCCACUUGCCCUGCCAUGUACAGCCACAGAUAUUAAGUUCUAUUGCCCAAGUUUAUACUUUACCUGGGCUCAGAAAGAGCACAGGAAAAAAUAAAGCAUGAAAAUACCAAGCAUUAUUAAAGCAAAAACACUACCUUUUGGAAGCACCCAAAACCCUGAGAGAAUAUUUGCAGGAGUAUCACUAGAAGCCCUUCUUCCUUCACCCUUCCCUAGACAUCAACCCCCAGAGAGACCAACUUUUAUCUGAUCAGGAAUGGACACCUUUAUAUUUUAACUGCAACCAUUAGUAGUAUGCCAAACCCUCUCAAGAGCUAAGUCUCAAAACUUAAAACUCAGGGAAAAGCAGCUGAACGAUGCCAGCAGGUCAAAUUUCUGAAUGAAAUAGUGAGUAAUUCUUUGCAAUAGCAAUCCCAGAACCAUCUCCCUAUUUCUUAUACAUACCUUUGGGCAACCCGCUAUGUUGGCAGAUGUUAGUCUGUGGCAGUGAAAUGCCAUUGCUUUCACAGCUUCAUCUGUCAGCUGAGGGCAGUAAGAGACAUGGCAGGGUUACAGGUAUUUUGUGACCUCAAUUACAACACAUGUACAUCAGCCCUUGGAUCCACUUUGGGCACUUCAGUUCUCCAGGCACCCUUUACUAGUAGUGAAGUCAUUCAGCUGUUGGCUGUGAAUGUCACUAGUAAAAGAAGAGGUGCAUUAAAGGGCUAUUUUCCAUUGCUUAUAUAUUAUACUUUGAGAUUUUUUUUUUUAAUGAAAAAAAAUAUGUAUAAAUUACAUUAUUUUCUUGGAAAGAAAUGGGUAAGAACUUAGGACUGUCACUCACAAGUUCUGGGUUCUAAUAUGCUCUGUGGGGUUCAGGACAGUUAACUGUGAUACUGGUUGACUACAAUUUCUAUCCUCCUUUUUAGAGUGAAUAAACAUCUGUAGAUCCUACUGACUCCAAUUUCAACACCUUUAUAACUCAGAUAGCUUUUUCAUAUGCCCUGUAAAACAGAUAGUUUUGGAAAAGAACAAACUCUCGUGAAAGGUCACAUAGAUUCUUAAAAUACACUUUUCUCCUUUGCACUCUAAAACUUUUUUACCUUUUGGCCUGAAUCUUUAUGAAGCCUGAAAAUAAUCACUUCUAGGCCUACAAAGGGAAGAAGGCAGACCUUCUCUUGAAACCUUUUCUGGAAAUGUUCUCUUGAAGAGAGAUACCUAAAAUCAUAUUUCUUCACCCAACAGCCCCAUGAUUUGAGCAUCACAGAACAUUCCGCAGCUCUACCGAAGCUUUGGCUUCAGUGAGAGUCUCUCCUCUUCUGUGAUGUUCAGCUUAAAACCGUGGUGAGAUAUUUGUUACUGAGUUAUCUUCCAGGCCUGCUAAUCUUGGCCUAAGGCUAGUGUAAUUUGUCAUCUACUGGAAUGCAAUUCUACCUCUAUAGGGGAAAGAAGGAAAUACUUACAUAGUAGAUUGAAUAAAAACCAUUGGUUGCAUGAAGCUUUUCAAAGCUUUCAAGACUUAGUCCUGAGGUAAACAGAUUAAGGAUCACAUGGAUAAAUAACACAUGCACACACAGAGAGGCACAAAAAUGCACCUAUUUAUCAUGGACAAAUAUUACAUAUUUAUCAUUUUGAAAAAAACUCUGCAAUAAUCAGACUAUUGCCACUAACACACAGCUAUUUUUGUCUUACAUAAAACAGGAACUCGCACAUUAACAUACCGUUGAUUACUGGAAAAUCUUACCUUUGUUAUGACAAAAAAUUAUGUGAUUCUGUGUGAUUUUCGUAAGUCUCACAUAAACAGAUGCAAAGAAACUUAUCAAAUCUGAAAUUUGUAUCAUAGAUGGGAAUUUGGCUGUAUCCUCACUCCAGUUUCUUUUUUCUGUCCAUCAGUACAGCUCUAGGAAGGCAGUGCUUCCUGGGCUUUGGGUUCUUGUUUUAUUUUACAAAAUACUAGAAUGCCAAGUGUUUUAACUUAGGACUGGUUAGAGUGGACAAUUCAGAAUUCAUAUUCUGGAUCGGCUUCUGUGCCCUUCCUAUUUCAAUCUUGGCUCUACAGGCUGUUUGUCACCUGUAACACAUAAACAUUCUCAACUCAGCAACUGAAUGUUUAUUAUCCAUGUGCAAGAGAAACUGCACACCCUUCAGAAUUAGGCCUCAGAUGUGAUGACUUAAUCACUACAUUCUCAGCUAGGGUAUGUAACAUGAGCUGAAGCCAAGAUUUCAAUGCCUAUGAGAUAUGUUUAUCUUAUUUUUACUAACAUACCUUGUCUACAUACAUAUUUAAAAUAUCCUUCCAAGUUAGGUUCUGAAUUUGCUCUUAACUCUUAAGUCUACCCCUGCAUUAUUUCGCAAAUAGCAUUGAAAUUAUAUUUGCAACUAAAGGAGAUGGAGCUUUGUUUGCUCCAUUCAUCUCUGUAUCCCUGGUUCUAUGUCUAUAUUUACCUUCACAACCUCUUCUGUAUUUUCUUUGAAGUUUGCAAAAUCUUUAGACAUUACAAAAAAUCAAAUGCCAUAUGAAGCAAAUAUAAUUUUCUAACUUAUUUGCACAAUUUUAAUUCUGUGUAAAGAAGGCCUGAGGACACACACAAACGUCAAUGAAAAUAUCAGAUACUAAAGUGCUGCUCAUUAAGUGAGCAUCACCUGAGUUAUGAAUGAGCAAAGAUCCUAUUUACAAUAUAUGGGAUCACAUAAGCAUUUACAUACUGUUAUACUGUCCACAGGCAGUGGGAUUAUAAUGGGAUUACUCUCUACAAAUGUUCCAUAAACUCACAUCCUUACAUUCAACUUAAAAAAAGAAUUUGCCAUUUUGUUUCAAGUUGCUUCAUAUCUCUUCUUCUUUCUCCUGUCCUCCCUGGAUCCAUGACAACAUGGCUUCUGCUACUCCUACACGUCCUCCCUGCUGCUGCUUUCUUCCGCAGAAAGUUCAAAUUCAUAUGGCAGACGAGGAAAGCGUAAGCAUUUCUUUUUCGCAGUCUUUUUUUGAACUUACUCUCUGUAAUGAGAAAGCUGAAAUAGCUUCUUAGCCAUAAGCACAGCACAACACAGAAGGUAAUAUUCUCCUCUGAGAGCAGCAGCACUGGCACUACUCGACUUUCCAUGAGGUACACAAGAUGUACAUACUUGGUCAUUGUUAAAAACAUGGAACUUUACAUGGAACAGUCAUGAAAGGCGAGUCAGAAUUAUUCCCAAAGAGGCGAAUCCUAACGGCCUGACGUGUAUGUUGGGUAGCAAGAUUCAAUCCAGAUGCAGCCCUUGUGGUACAACAACAACUAACUCAUUUUUACAAUAUAUGGCUAUAAAAUGAUGGAUGUUGAAGAUUUAUAAUGGAAAAAAUGUAGAAGCUGAAAACUGGGAUUAUGUGAUGGCAUUGCCUGUACCUGCAGCCUUAUGAUCUGCAACUGUUUAUGGGCAUGGAAUUGAUAUAAUUAAAAAACAUGAUUUAAGCAUUUCUGUUACUUAUGGUUAGGAAUGAUUCUCAGUUACAGAAAGAAAGUGCUCUUAUUUGGAUGUAAAUCCUCUCUCCUUCCAAACAAGAGGGAUGGCUCUUUUUAAUACUGUAAAGUUACUUACUAGUGUUUAUUUCUUAUAUUUUUUCGAAAUACAAAGCAGUAAAUCUAUGCAAUCAUAUUGAAUUCAUCAAAUCUCCAUAAGGAUUUUGGUAAACUACAAACAACCUGUGAUAAGGACAAAAAAUUUCAGAGUUUAACUAUACAUUUUAGAAACAGUCAUCUCUUUCUCUUCAUUCUUAAUUUUCAAACUGAGUUCAUUGCAUGCUCACUAGAUUCUCUAUGGAAAUAAACAGCAAAAAACUGACCUCUAUCCACCUUUUCAUGCCAUAAUUGAAUGGAUCUCUGCUGUAUGGAAUUGUAGGAAUGAAAGGGUAGAAUAAUUUUUGAGACUGUAGAAAGGUGUAAUGAAGAAUGAAUGAUGAUAUGCAGAGCAAAAUAAGAUCAGUUUUGGACAUGGUUAAUUCAAAGAAAUAGGGAGGCUUACAGGGAACACUGAAAAAUAGAUGAAGUUUUACCAGAAUCCCAGCAUCACUGAUGUUUUUGCAUUGUGAUGUAGAAAGUUCCAAUAUUUUUCCAGGCCAGCCUAGGGCUCUCAAGCCCUAAAAAAUUCCAGAAAAAUUAAUUUUAAAAAUCAAUACAUGUGAUUACAUGUAAUUACAUUCAACAUGUUAAGAUGGUCAAUACUGUCCAAUGCCUGUAUAGUAAAGCUUCCAUCUAAGAAUUACCGCAUAUUUUAAGACAUUCUCUUCAGCAGAACACAUAUAGUUUAUCCUCAUACUUUUUAAGCACGUAUAAGGUUCAAGAAUUCUAAGCAGAAAUAAUUCAAUUGAGAAAGGGAAAAAUUUUAUUUUCCUACCUACUGAAAAAGAAGGAGUGAAGAAAAGUAGUGUGAUGUGAAAUACUUCCACCAAGGCUCUCAUAAACAUACAUUUACAGAUGCACUCCUCCAAAAUUUGGGGUUGAAAGAACUUUUCAUAAUUGUUGGGGUUUUUUUUUAGAAGAACAAAAUACUAUUUUCUAGGACCAAAUAAUGUCUUAAAAUUGCUGCCUUACAAUUAAAGGCUUUAUAGCUACAGCUGUGGCACAAGACAAGAUUUGAAACAGUGCAGUCACACUCAUAGGUGUAUGAACACCCUCCAUAUUCAAGACAACAGGGAGGUGAAAACUUCGGUAAAUUCCUGUUUCAGGAGUGCAAAAGGAUCCAAAGAUGCUUUGUGAUUUUUACUGCUUGUACACCAGGAAACAGGACAAUGUCUGAUCCUAAAUACUCUAAACUGAAGGAGAAUUGAAUGUUGAUUUUGUAAAAUGUAUUUUGAUAGUCACAGCAGAAUAUCUCUGUACUUCAUACCAAUAAAGUAAACUUUACUGAAAAGCAAAGUUAUCGCUUUAUUCCGCAUGGUUAAUAAAUUAUCUACAAUUAGGCAGUGAACAGCACUGCCUAAUUGUAGGCAGAGAGGAAGUGUCAGCCUGAGAAAAUAAGCCCAUGUAAAUAGUGUCUGGAAUCCAGAUGUGGACUCUAUAAUGGUAAUGCUGAAGAGUGCGGCUGGAGUUCAAAUUUUGCAAAUUCCUGAAAUCUCACAGGCUGAAUAAAACCAAAGAAUGGAACAAGGAGAGAGAUUUCCAAUCUUGGAAAAUCCUACUUAUGAAAACACAUAAAUUUGCAUUUUCCUCAGCAGACACUGUUAUGUAGUGAGCAUUACUUUCAACAGCUUCAUGAAAAUCUACAGAUUCCAAAUUUUUGUUGACCAAAGCACUCCUAUUCAAGACAAUAAACCAUUUAUGUACUUAAACCCCAAACAGGUUUAUGCCAGAACUUGAAUUCCUUACAGCAGAGACUGAUAAUGAUAAGUGUGACCUCUAGGAACAUAAUUUCUUCUUGGAUUUUUCUUUAUUUGAAACUGUUCCCACUUUAAUGUACUUGCUAAGGAAAUACUAGAGAAUAUUAUAAAGAUUUUUUUGCUACUUGACAACUAAUGCUGUUAUACCUUCAAAGUUAAUUUAUAAUAAAUUUAUAUUAUUAAAGUGACAUUGAAUCACAGAACAACUAUUUUGUUAAAUGAAAAUCAAGGUCUACUUUGAAUUAUUUCAUUAUUAUUUCCAGAUUUAAAAACAGAAAGAGUGAAGACUUGGAAGACAAGAAGUGUUAUUAGGAACCAUCUAUUACAUAUAAAAACUAAGAUAUUUCUAUGUUUCCAAAAAGAAACCUCUUCAAACAAGCUCUAUGUAGGAGGUCUAAUCUAUAUGACAUUUUAAACUAUUAUUUUUGUAUCUAUCAUACAUACAAAGGAGCCAAUUAUCAGAAGUUUUAUUAGACUUCCUGAUUUAUUCAGUAGUAUUCCCUGAUAAAUAACAUCAGGGAUCCCCAUCCAGAAUACUGACCUAGUUCUAAAAACUUUUAUCUUCUGUACUAAGACUCCUGACAUUUAUGAAAGAUAUGGUUGGAGCUGUAUUAUCAUUGGAACCCCUGGAAACAGAUGCUGGCAAAACAAAUACUGUGCAACACAGAGAGUAGGAUCAUCCACUCUAGGAUCACUGACUCUCCAAAAACAUAUUUCCUCUUUAACUUAAAAAAAUCCCCUCCUGUGUCUUGGAUGAAUCUUCUGUUGCCAACGCAAAAAGGAAGACUUUGUCCAGCAUCUCUUCUAUAGCAUGUAUUUUACCAUUUCCAUUUAGAAAAUAACUUUAAAAUAAAACUUCUUAUUCCUCUGUAA